CACUCUUGAGAUCGGCUAACGAUACAACGACCGGCUGUGCUGUCGCCAUGUUUAGUUGUUAGGGAAGUUUCAAAGAGUAAAUGAAAACUAUGCUUAAUUUGGGAUAAUUAAGCAGAAACAGAAGCUGAGCUGGGUAGGUAAGUUUGUAGAUAUUCAAUAUGUACGUGACCUAACUGAAGAAUAUUGAAAAUGUUUCGAUAUCUUUUUACGGCUUCGCCCUAAGGAUACCGUCGGCAUUUCACUAGUAAUACUUGCACCAAAAAGCCUGACCACCGGCGCAUUCCGAGCUACCAUAGGAGCUUCUCGUUAAAUACUUGGCGAUGGUCCCUAGAGUAUCUUCAGUAAGGGACUGUGGACGAUAUGACAACAAUGUCAGAAGAAAAUAAAUAGAAUACUAGAAAUGCUAAAAAUAUGAAUCGAGUGUUUUAUAUUCUGUAAUUACCUAACUAAUGGAACAAAACUCUGGAGAGUUUUGGCGGACCGUUCUGUUUUAAUAAGCCAGUGUACUUAGGUACUUCGUAUCGAGUGACGCCAGUGCUUUUCUUAUCGGAGCUCCCUUUUAUCCAAACAAUUACAUACACCCAAACACCAACAACCUAUCCCGUUAUUCUAUACAGCGUCAGCACACACUAGAAAACAAUUGGAGAUUAGCUGAUAUCAACAUGGUCAAGCCACUAUCUUUCAAGGGCGACAAGAAGCCCAAGAAGAGAAAGCGUACCGAAGCAGACCCGUCAGCUGAAGAUGCAGGCCCUAGCAAUCUCGCAGUCGCCACGACGGCCGAGGGUGCAGAAAACGACGAUAGCUGGGUAUCAGCUGACGCCGUCGGGGAUGUUCAAGGCCCGAUUAUGAUCGUACUUCCAACAGAACCUCCGACCUGCCUGGCUUGCGAUGCUAAUGGAAAGAUCUUCACCGACCCCAUCGUGAAUAUUAUCGACGCGAAUCCUGCCAGCGCCGAACCUCACGACGUGCGCCAGGUUUGGGUUGCGAAUAAGAUCUACGGCACCGAGAACUUUAGGUUUAAAGGCCGUUACGGAAAGUACCUCAGCUGCGACAAGUAUGGCAUCCUUAGUGCGAUAUCCGAAGCUAUAUCGCCGCUCGAAACGUGGACCGUGAUUCCGACCCCUGACACACCGGGUACAUUCCAGAUACAGUCGCAAAGCGAAACUUUCUUAACUAUCAAGGAGCCUACGAAGGCAAAUGGCACACCUGAGGUCCGUGGAGAUGCUACAGAAAUAAGCUUCGAUACUACAUUGAGGAUUCGCAUGCAAGCGCGCUUCAAACCUCGACUUAAGGCAACGAAGGAAGAGAAGGCGAAGGAAAGAAUUAGUCGACAGGAGCUUGAGGAAGCUGUAGGGAGGCGACUUAACGAGGAUGAAGUUAGGAAUCUGAAGAGAGCGAGAAGGGAGGGCGAUUACUAUGAGCAGCUACUGGAUCUGAAGUCCAAGAACAAGCACGACAAAUACUCAUGAAAGGGAUGGACA